GAUAGAUGAGAAUUUACACUGAAUAAGUGAUCUCAAAGUACGAAUGUUUUAUUACCAAAUGCUUAUGUUUAGUGGUUUUAGGUGAAGCGUGUGGAAAACAUCAACUUAACGGAUCAGUCAUAUAUCACGAUUUCAGAUCUCCUGCAGCAAGCAGCCCCUUCGUCUAACUACAGUGCGAGCAUGGACAUGCAAGUACAUCAAGAGUUCACAAAAUGGGCCGUAAAUCAAGGCGUCGUUAUCAAUGACGUUUCGCCUUUCCGGUUUCCAGAAAAGGGCCUGGGACUAGUCGCGAACAAGAACUUCGAGACAGGUGAUAUUCUGGUGCAAGUUCCCAUAAAGGUGCUCCGUAAAGCUACAGAUGUGCCUUCUCAGUUUGCAGCGCUGGCACCUGAUAUAGCUGUUCAUGCUCUUUUCGCUCUAUCUCUGGACUCGCUGCUCGGGCCGGAAUGGAUAGCUACCCUCCCUUCCAAACAGGAUAUGCAUAGCUCCAUGCCCUUGUUCUGGGAUAUCUCAUUACAAGAGCUUCUUCCGUACUCAUCCCGAGCUCUCCUCAUGACGCAAAUGGAGAACAUUACUUCUGCUUGGACAGCCAUCUGCAAAACAUUUCCUGAACCCCCCAUAACCUACGAUGAAUUCAUAUACAACUAUAGUAUUGUCAACAGUAGGACAUUCUACUACCUUUCACCGACUAUCAAACCAUCCAAGCCACAACCAUCAAAAGAGAAUCGUCUUGCGUUGAAUCCCUUCGCAGACUACAUAAACCAUAGCUCAGAACCCACCGUUGAUGCAACUUUGAGUCGCGCUGGUUACACACUCACGGCCUCGCAACCCAUAAAACAGGGCUCCGAAGUGCACAUUUCAUACGGAAGCCACAACAACGAUUUUCUCCUCGUCGAGUAUGGCUUUAUAUUAGAAGACAACCGGUGGGACGAGGUAACUCUGGAUCCAUGGAUAACACCAUUGCUGAGUGUGGAGCAAAAAGAGCACCUCGAAGAGACGGGAUUUCUCGGUAAAUACCUCCUAGAUCGAGACACCAUUUGUUAUCGCACGCAAGUAGUCCUCAGGAUUCUAUGUCUACCGAUAGGUAGAUGGAGAAGAUUCGUACAGGGAUCUGAGGAUGAAGAGGUGUCUGAGGAGGAUGCGGGCAAAGUUCUAUUGAAAGUACUAAUGGCUGGGAAGGUGGAGAUCGUGGAAACAAUCAAGAAGGUAGAAGAAAGCCAGGCAGGGCUUGAGGGUCAAAGAGAGACGUUGAGCAGACGCUCGAAUCAAAUUGUUUUGUUGUUAAAUCGAGCGUUACAUCGAAUUAGAUGCUGAACUUCACAAAUUUCACCUUGCUUUGUGUGAUGGACUUCUUGAGAUGUCCCUUCAAAGCCACCAAACCAUGGCAUGAGGCUCUCACUGCUCUAUUGACAUUCAGUCAAGCAAUGCGCCAUCUUGUGUCUUGCAAUACACUUUGGACGUCUUGGAAGAGCA